CUCAACACCCAGUCCUCUAGUCUGAAAGAGCUGGACCUGAGUAACAAUGACCUGCGGGAUUCAGGAGUGAAGCUUCUGUCUACUGCACUGCAGAGUCCACAUUGUACACUGGAAACUCUCAGUCUGUCAGGCUGUCUGAUCACAGAGGAAGGCUGUACUUCUCUGGCCUCAGCUCUGAGCUCCAACCCCUCCCAUCUGAGAGAGCUGGACCUGAGCUACAAUCAUCCAGGUGACUCAGGAAUGAAGCUGCUGUCGGCUGGACUGAAGGAUCCAGGCUGGAGACUGGACACUCUCAGGGUGGAGCCUGCUGGAGUCCGAUGGUUGAGACCAGGUCUGAGGAAGUAUUCCUGUCAACUCACAAUCGACACAAACACAGUGAACACAAAGCUCCAACUGUCUGACAACAACAGGAAGGUGACACAUGUGGAGGAGGUUCAGUCAUAUCCUGAUCAUCCAGACAGAUUUGAUUACUGGGAACAGCUGCUGUGUAGAAAUGGUCUGACUGGUCGCUGUUACUGGGAGGUCGAGUGGAGAGGAGACGUUUCUAUAUCAGUGAGUUACAGAAGAAUCAGAACGAAAGGACGCAGUGACUGUGGGUUUGGACUCAAUGAUCAGUCCUGGAGUCUGAGCUGCUCUGAUGAUGGUCCUCAUCAUGUCUGGCACAAUAACAGCUACACACCCAUCUCCUCCUCCUCCUCCUCCUCCUCCUCUGUCUCUAACAGAGCAGCAGUGUAUGUGGACUGUCCUGCUGGCACUCUGUCCUUCUACAGAGUCUCCUCUGACACUUUGAUCCACCUCCACACCUUCAACACCACAUUCACUCAAACUCUUUAUCCUGGGUUUAGGUUCUGGUUUCCUGGUUCCUCAGUGUCUCUGUGCUGAGUGUAAAGAGUGUCUCCUGUUAGAGAAACACUCUGACUGUUGAACAGUUCAGUCUGUACAUGUCUGUCUCUUUCACUCACAAACACGUUUUCACAUUCAUGGAUUCAAUCAGUUGAUGUUUGAAACUCUUCUAAAUGAUUCCUUGUAAACUUCUUCCUCUUCAGUCACAAACAAACAGGAAGUGAUGUCACAUGUGUUCCUGUCCACACAGCAGAAUGAGUCUAUUGCUGACAGUGAUGUACAAACAGAGUGAGCAUUUCUGAGGCCAAAAUAAACUGAGUAGUUCACUGAA